UGCGUCAAAGUAACCCACUCGAGCCACGAUGAAGCUUCUUCUUUGUCUCUCUAUCUUCUUCGCCAUAUUCUUCAUCUCUCUCCCAUCUUCCUACAGCUGCACCUCACACGACAAAAAUGCCCUCCUUCAAAUCAAGAAAUCUCUUAACAGCUCAUCGCUCCUCUCCUCCUGGAACCCUGGAACCGACUGUUGUACCAGCUAGACCGGCGUUGAAUGCACUAACGGCCGCGUCACAGGCCUCACUAUCUCCUCCGGCGAACUCUCCGGCCAGAUUCCAAACCAGAUCGGCGACCUUCUUGACCUCCGCACACUUGAUUUCAGUUUCCUGACUCAUCUCACCGGAAACAUCCCACGUACCAUCACUAAACUCAAGAACCUCGACCUCCUCCGGUUAAAGCAGAACAAUCUCUCCGGUCCAAUUCCUGAUUAUAUCAGUGAGCUCAAAAACGUAACGUUCUUGGACCUCUCCUUUAACCAGUUUACCGGUCCUAUUCCCGGUUCGCUUUCACAGAUGCCGAAGCUUCAGGCCAUUCAGAUCAACGACAAUAGGCUAACCGGUUCUGUACCGAAUUCUUUCGGUUCCUUUGUAGGCAACGUCCCUAAUCUCUACUUGUUUAACAAUAAACUCUCAGGGAAAAUACCGGAAUCGUUGUCAAAAUACGACUUCAACGCAGUAGAUCUGUCGGGAAAUGGUUUCAUAGGAGAUGGUUCGAUGUUUUUCGGACGGAACAAAACAACAAUACGAGUGGAUCUGUCAAGAAACAUGUUUCAGUUCGAUCUCUCCAAGGUUAAGUUCGCGAGGAGCAUACUUUCGCUGGAUCUGAGCCAUAACAGAAUCUUCGGGAAGUUGCCUCGGGAGCUGGGCAAGCUACGCCUCCAGCAUUUCAACGUUAGUUACAAUCGGCUCUGCGGAAAAAUCCCACAUGGUGGUAUCAUUCAGACCUUUGAUCCAUCAGCUUUCUCUCACAACCUCUGUCUUUGUGGGACCCCUCUUAAGGCUUGUUAAAUUUUGUUUAGUGGCGUGCGUGGUAACAAAUAGUUAUGUCUUUAUAUGUAUGAUGAUGUGUUAAUUAUCACUGCUUAUCAAAUAAGAGGAGAAGAAAUAGUCUUCCUUGUGUUUAG